UGUCCUUGAAGACGAUUGAAUCAUAUUCUUUUUUUAAUUUUUUUAUUCAAAUUUUUCGCGCCGCAUUAAAUAUUUUGUUGUAGAUGGCAGUGUACCAGAGAAAGAGGGGGCAGCCAUCGACAGAACAAAAAAUUUGUAAGUUUUAGGUAUGGUGGGACUUCAUGAAGAGUUUCAUGACACUAUCAAUCUUGCAAAACGAAAACCUAGAAGAUUAGCAGGAACACCAGCGGCUAGAUUUACUUUUUGGGGAGCUCUCAUUGGUGCAUCAUUACUUACUUAUUUUGCAGUUAUUUACAAAGAGUUUGAAUUUACAAGAGCUAGCCGAGAACGAUGGAUGAUGUUACAUUUGCCUGAUGAAGGAGAACACCGGAAACAUAUUUACUUGAAUGAUCCAUGUUUAAGAUCAGCUUUACUUAAUUUGGAACAAAAACAAAUGGGCGCAUUGGAUCCUACGACCCAAAGUGAUAGCGCUACGGUUUGAUCGGAUUACACAAUGGAUAAAAUGAAAUUAAGAAGAACAAAUAAAAAGUAAAUGUUCUACUUAUACACACUAUGUAGCUAAAAAUGACUAAAAAAUACAAUAUUUUAUU